AUGUCGGCCAUGGAUAAGACACAGGUUGAUAAGGACAAACUAAAGGAGAAGCUUGAGGAGAAAUUCGACGUUUCCCACUUCGAUCCCAACACAGUGAUGCGUGGCGCUCAACUUACUUUGGUUGGAGCUCAUCGAGCACUUCAAAACCCAGCAUUGUUUACUACCGAUCACUAUCGCCAAGCUGCGAUCGCUGUCCUGGCGGGUCUUGCUAUUAGACUUAUCAUCACUGUGCCUAUCAUUGGUAUUAAGGUAUUGAUAUGGUUCAUUUCAUUCUUCGUAUCUCUUGACGCUGUGACAUGGGAUGAUACGCUAGUUGGGGGACUCGAUUUUGUUGCAGAAUAUGUUCUUCAAGUCCCCUUCUUCCUCAUGGCUCUUAUGCGUUAUGUUGUACCAACCCUGGAUAAUCUCUUCAUGCAGUCGUUGCAAUGGGUGGAUACGACCUAUGUUCACAAGCACAGGAGUGAGAGACCCUCGGAACUCCGCGACAUGUACUAUCCUAAUCUCAAGAUGUAUCGGGCGUCUGAUGGAAGCACGCAUUCUGAGAGUACCGCCCAAGCCGUCUCUAUGUUUCUAUACCGCUUCCUCCGGAAGGGCGGUAUUUCUCUCGUCGUGUUCAGCCUUUCAUAUGUUCCGGUCAUCGGUCGAUUUGUGUUACCAGCCGCCAGUUUCUAUACUUUCAAUAAUGCUGUGGGCUUAGGGCCGGCUUCCGUGAUCUUUGGAACAGGCAUUUUCCUUCCUCGAAAGUACCUCGUCAUCUUUCUUCAGAGCUACUUUUCGUCGAGGAGCAUGAUGCGAGAGUUGCUUGAGCCAUACUUUGCCCGUGUUCACUUCACCAAAGACCAAAAGCGGAACUGGUUCCGUAGCCGUGAAGGAGUCCUAUUCGGCUUUGGGCUGGGGUUUUAUAUCCUUGUUAAGAUUCCACUUGUCGGUGUACUCGUCUAUGGUAUUGCUGAGGCAUCCACAGCAUAUCUCAUCACCAAGAUCACUGACCCGCCUCCUCCACCCCAAGAAAUGAUGGAGUUCACCGAGCGACAGCAGAACUGGUCGAACAAGCAUGAAUUCUUGAGCCUUUCUUUGGCCAAUAUAGACUCGAUGUCCAGGCAAGAGCUCUCGGAAAAGACGAAAUGA